AUGCACCAGUCAGCUAAAUCAGACACAACAGGACCAGGGAUCAGGAUCAUCUGUGCUGAGAAGGGACACAAUCACAGAAUCAUCAGCAAACUCAUUGACCUGAUGGCUACCAUCAUGGCUCUGACACUCAUUUGUUACGGGUUUAUCAACAGCUGCCUCCAGUCUCUGGUGAUGGAGAGAUUUGGACCGGACAUGUGGGACAAACUGAGCUCUCUCCCAGGCGUCCAGGAUACAUUUAUGACAUACACGGUUUAUGACGACGUCCUGACCGUCAGCUUGGUGCAGGAGGCCUGCUCGCUGCUCGAUAUCUCUGCUGAUGUCUUUCUGAAGCUUUUUGGAGAACAUUUCUUUGUUUUCUGUAAACAAGCGGGCUACGACGCCAUGCUGAGGACUCUGGGAGGAAACCUCAUGGAGUUCAUCGGAAACCUGGACGCUCUGCACAGUUAUCUGGCUCUGUCUUACGAGAAAAUGAACGCCCCAUCUUUCAGAGUGGAGGUGACCGAUGAUGGGAAGAUGCUGCUCCACUAUUACUCAGACAGGAAGGGCCUCUACCACAUCGUACCUGGGAUCAUGGAGGCAGUUGCCAGAGAACUCUUUGACACUAAAGUGACCUUGGAGGUUCUUAACCAAUCAGAGGAAGACGAGCGGACGGGGAAGAAGGAGCACGUCGUGUUUUUGGUCAACCAGGAAAGCAAAUCUUCGUGUUUAAGUCAGUCUGAAUCAAGCACUGAGACAACAGCAUGCACCGAAAUGGUUAAAAGCACUGGAGAGAUCACUGAUGGACGUCUUCAGUGCACCUUAAGUCCAUGUUAUCCUAAGAAACUGUGGAUGGAAGAAAAAACUUUCUGCAAUGCUUUUCCUUUCCACAUUGUCUUCGAUGAACAUCUGAAGGUGAGGCAGACCGGUGUGAACAUCCAGAAGUUUAUUCCAGGUCUACAGGCCAGAGAUGCAACACUGGACCAAUAUUUCACCUUGAUACACCCUCAGGUGACUUUUACCAUCGAAAGCAUCAGAAAAUUCAUCAACAGUCAGUUUGUGAUGAAGAUCCACAGAAUCAACCAUACCACGCUCAAACUAAGAGGUCAGAUGGUGUGGAUGGAGUCUCUCGGCUGCAUGCUCUACCUCUGUUCUCCAAAGCUGCGGAGCCUCCAGGAGCUGCAGGACGUCGGCCUCCACCUCUCUGACCUGGCUCAGCACGAUGCCACCAGAGACCUCGUCCUCCUGAACCAGCAGCGCCUGGCUGAGAUGGAGCUCACCAACCAGCUGGAGAGGAAGAAAGAGGAGCUGAGGGUUUUGUCUCGUCACCUGGAGGCAGAGAAAGAGAAAACGGAGACUCUUCUGUAUUCCAUGCUGCCGCGACACAUUGCCAAUCAGCUGAAAGACGGGAAAAGCGUGAAGGCGGGUGAGUUUGAGGUGUGCACAGUUCUCUUCAGUGAUGUCGUCACCUUCACAAACAUCUGCGCCGCCUGUGAGCCGAUUCUCAUCGUCCACAUGCUCAACUCUAUGUACUCCAAGUUCGACCGACUCACCAACGUGCACAACAUCUACAAGGUAGAGACGAUUGGUGAUGCGUACAUGGUGGUGGGUGGCGUUCCUGUUCCAACAAAAACUCACGCUCAUCGAGUGGCUAACUUUGCUCUGGGUAUGAGGAUCGCAGCUAGAGAGGUCAUUAACCCCAUGACUGGAAAUCCCAUCCAGAUCCGUGUGGGCCUGCACACUGGUUCUGUGUUAGCGGGCGUGGUUGGGGAGAAGAUGCCUCGCUACUGUCUGUUUGGAGACACCGUUAACACCGCCUCCAGGAUGGAGAGUCAUGGGGUCCCUGACCACAUCCACCUCAGUGGAUCUGCAUACAGAGAGCUAAAGGACACAGGCUUUGACAUAAAGGAGCGUGGGCAGAUUGAGGUCAAAGGUAAAGGCCAGAUGACAACAUACUUUCUGUUGGGGAACCCGCUGGUCUCAGAGGAGAGCAUCAUGGGAAGAGAAGUAGAUGGGAUAUGUUUGUACCAGGAGGAGAUUCAAGAACAGAGCAAUGAAGAGCCUGAUGUGAUCUCUGAGGCUGAGCAGGAAGACGCACCUUCAGAUAGACCCAUCACCUCCGACCCCUUUUCCUGGGACAUCACACCUCCGUAUCAGAGCGACAAGAACCACAGCAAAACACCUGCAGACAACUUCAACAGCAAAUUAUGUCUCUUACUCUGAAUGUGCACCAAAACACAGCCUGCUGGAGCACAGCCAAGACAGGGAGUCAAGAAACAGCAUGUGUAGAUAAAGAAAUAGGGCAACACCCAGUCAAAGCUAUUACUUACAGUGAAGUCUGUCCAACAUUUUUAGAACCAGUCAUGAGCAAGAGGAACCUGAUAUUGGACUCAUACUAGACUGAAUUCUUCUUCACUC